AUGUAUCCAGAUUGGCCCGAAUCUGAUGCCGACUUGGUGCCGUUACCAUUGUGCGACGGCCCCAAGCUGAAAGCCUUUGACUUUCAAGGCCCACAGAGCAUCCGUUUUAUCGACUACAUCGGCUCUGGCUUACAUUCACAUGUUGUGAAAAUCCAAAUCAAGGACCAACUCUAUGCAUUGAAACUGUUUACGUUCCUAUAUGACUAUGAAUGGAAUAGUCCCAAAGGGCAUUACUCGGUUUACGACCGCGAAUUAUUCACUGCUUUCUACAACUACUAUGAUCCGUUCACUUGCGAAUGCCGUGCCUAUGGUCGUCUUCAAGAGACUGGCAACGAGGAUCUGGCUGUUCAGGCAUUUGGGUAUAUUUUACUGGACGAAGAGCACGAGCGUAAGCUGGAGAAUCAUUUCAACCACGUGGAUUUCCAUUUCGAGGGACUCCUCGACGAGGACGAUGGACCCAAGGAUUGCCGCUCCCGCUAUUUGGGCAAGAGUGGGAAGCCUCCACCGGUUCGGGGAAUUGUCAAAGCUCUGGGCCGAGUACAGGAAGAAAAGACUAUGCGGGCACCGUUCCUACGCAAAAUCCUCAGUACCAUCCCCAAACUACAAAAGCUUGGUAUAUUCUCUCUCGACCUGAAGAGCGACCAAUUCAUCGAUGGAAAGCUGGGUGAUUUCAGCGUCGCCGUUACUGUACCCCAUUGCCUGACCAACCCCGAACUCAACCCGUACCUUACUCCAGAGAUGAUAUCUAUAUUGGAAAGCUACACCUUUCGAGAAUCCCUGGACGACUAUCGGGGUUUCGACUGGAUGGUUUUUGAUUGGAACACGCAGUAUGCCAAAGAGAAAGGCAAGCUAUCCGUGUCCGCAUUUCCUGACUUCAAAGGGUGUCAAAACAGAUACAACUUAAGAAGUAAGGCUGCAGAGGGGCGUGUCUUCACGUUUGUUGACCCGAGAAAAUUUUAUCGUGCCAGUGGCAUCCCGCUAUCGUUCGAAGAUUACUUGACCAUUCCAUAA